CAAAAGACUAUGAUCUGCCCUCAUCAUUUUGAAAAAACAAUAGAAUAUAUAUGCACAGCUUCUCACUAGUGUUAAAGGAAACUUUGUGUUACAUGUCAUCACCAUCAUUAACUUAAAAAUAAAAAUUAUAUAGUUCCAAAAGCAAUAUUUAACACUCGUUUAACAAGCCUAAUUGAGUUAUACAAAAAAACCUUGUUAACCUUUCUGAAAAUCCCUUUUGAGAAAACACUUGAGAAAAUUGAAAAUAUGCCUAUAAAUAAAGUUGACAAGUAAGAAUUCUAAAGGAAAAAAAAAUUUAUUGAAAUGAAAUUCAACCAAUUAAUAAUUCUUACCAAAAUAGAUCCUGCUGAAGCCUCUUAUACUGAAUUAGAAUAUUUUGUCUCAAUUGUUAGAGGAAAAAAAAGAUUAAAUGAUUGGAAUGCUAAGAGUGAGUUUAAAUAGAUUAAGAAAUUGUGUGACAAAAUUGAUAAAAAAUAUUAAGAGAUGACAAUAUAAGUGUCUUUAAAAAUUAAUAAAGAGUAGACUUUUAUUUUAUUCUAGGAAUGAAGCUAAUUAAAAUGAAGAUAAGGUUGAUGAAGUUAUUGAAAGAGCAGUUAAUUAAACUCAUGAUGCUGAUAAAAUAACAUAGUAAAAGUAUAAAUCUAAUUUUAUUUUAGUAAUUAAGCUAAUAAAAAUGAAGAUAAGGUUGAUGAAAAUAAAGCAAGAUCAAAUAAUUAAACUCAUGUAGCUGAUAAAACAACAUAGCUGAUGCUGAUAAAACAACAAAGCAAAAGUUAAACUUAUUUUAUUCUAGAAAUUAAGCGAAUUAAAAGGAAUGUAAGGUUAAAGUUAAUGUAUAAUUAAACUCAUAAUGCUGAUAAAACAACAUAGCUGAUGCUGAUAAAACAACAAAGCAAAAGUUUAAAUCUUAUUUUAUUCUAGUAAUGAAGCUAAUUAAAAUGAAGGUAAGGUUGAUGAAGUUAAUUCAAGAGCAGUUAAUUAAACUCAUGAUGUUGAUGUAACAAAAUAGCAAAAAUAUAAUGAUAAAAUAACAUAGCAAAAGUAUUAACCGUAUUUUUUUCUAGGAUCGAAGCUAAUUACAAUAAAGAUAGGGUUGAUGCUAGAGCAGAUCUAACAACAUAACAGAAGUAUAAAUCUUAUUUUAUUCUAGGAAUGAAGCUAAUUACAAUAAAGGUAGGGUUGAUGAAGUUAAUGCAAGAGAAGUUAAUUAAAAAGUAUAAAUCUUAUUUUAUUUUAGGAAUGAAGCUAAUUAUAAUGUUAAAUCUUCAAUAUAGUGCAAGUCUUAAUGUUAAUAUAAGAAAGGAUCUGUUUUCAAUGAAAAUGUAAAAGAAGAUUAUUUUUGGGGAGAUGAGCCUCAUAGUAGAGAUUUUGUAGAAGCUAAUUAAGAUGUGAGUGAUGGUGAAGAUUAUUCUAGGAAUGAAGCUAAUUAAGAUCAUUUUUAAUAGAUAUAGCAAAAUUUAUAACCUUAAUCUUAGAUUGGAGCUUAUAUAAAUGACAAUGGAGGUGAAGUUUUUUAAGUGGGAUUUUAAGAAUAUAUUGACAAUCAGAAUCUAGAAGAAUUCUGUUGAUUUAUAAAUAAUUAUAAUAAAUCUAG